AUGAAGGCGUUUGGAGUGAUCUUGUUGAUCUUCUGUUUAGUGGCUUCUUCAAUAGCAGCGGUUGCAGUGCUACAGAAUGCAACGCAUCCCGAUCACCCGAAAAGGUGUUACGAUGAAGGAUCUAAAAUUGUACUGGAGCCCGGCGAAACUAAAACAAUCCCAAUGACAUGUACGGAAAUCUUUUGUUCGGAAAAUUUGUCGUUAACAUACACAAGCUGUGGGAUUGCAGUGAACAACGAUCCCAAAUGCGAGGAAAUCGAACCUGAUUUGAGUAAAGAUCAUCCGGAAUGCUGCAUAAAAUACAAGUGCGUGGUCGACGGAAAAAUUACAUAUAUGUAA